UUAAAUAACAGACAUAUCACAAAACAAACUAAAUAGAUAUGCUAUUUUUUAACAUAUUGUAUUGAGAUGUUUUUCUAAUCUGUCAAACGUGUAAUAGGAAUUGAUUUACUAAGACAUUAUUUUCUUGGGUAAAGACAGAGCUGUAAACAAGUCAAUUGCUAUUUUUUUAUUUUAAAAAAGUACUACAUGUUUGUUCAUUUAUUUUUUUUAUCCAGUGCAUCAGAUUUUGAUCAAUGUUUUUCUGGGCAUCUGCCUUUUUUAUUUCCAUGGGAACGUUUUGUGGAACCUUAUUCUCCAGUCUGAGUUUCACGCCGAGGACUUCCGCUCUGACGGACUGGAAUGACAUCAUGGUAAACAGAGUAAGAGAACGAUCCAGACGCUCUCCGCCAGCUGACCUCACAGCCACCCAACAGCCAAGAGCAGAGCAUUGAUUUCAGUGUCAGGAUAGGGAAUUUGUAAUCGGGUAUCUUUGCGUGUUCACGGAAGAAAAAAGCAAACUUUCAGAAAAGGAAAAGAGGAAGACCUCUUCAGCCAGACUUCAAGAAACUAUUUGAGAAAUUCUCAGACAUCCUGAAGAUGGUUCUUCUAUUCAUACCUGACUCUCGUGCCCAGAAGACUCCAUUAUGUCCUUGUAAAUGUUAGUUUUGCUUAGUGGUCAUGAUUCCAGGGCUUUUGUUCCUGUUCUGGAAAACUGUCUUGCUACAAGAUUAGCUAGUCAGGGGAAGUCCUGUCCUUUCACAGCCAUGGAGGGCCUUGAGCAGCUUGAUGUGGUGGGUGACAUCAGCCCAGCUCUGGAAGCCACCGAGGACUUUAUCCACUCCAUGGCUGGGAUCCAGAGUCAAGGCCCGAGCCUCGCUCAAUCGAGCAACCACCGCCAGCCCGCGAGGGCGCCCAAGCAGCUGCAGGAUGUGUCCAGCUCCGCUCUGGGCAAGCUGAGCUCCAGCGGCGUGUGGAACCUGCUGGCCGGAGAGCAGCCGGAGGUGGGGCCCCUCGGCUUGGCCUGGGCCGACAACUUCAGCGUUCUGGGCCUGGGGAUGGGUCUGAGGCACAGGAAGAGGAGCCGGGCGCGCUCCACCAACGACCUGGUGGCCCACAUGCAGGAGUGCGCCAACAACGCCGGAAACGCCUCGUCGAAGUCGGUGUUUAAGAAGGGACACAAUCGGUCCAGGUCAGACGUCAACUACCGUCCGUCUGCGUACACGGACAAUGGGCUGCCCGCGGUGGACAGCGACACGCUGAAGAACAUGAUCUUCAACCAGCAGCAGGACGCUGACAAGCGCAGCAGCAGCAGCAGCAGCAGCAGUGUUGUGAAGCAGGGCGAGAUGGAGCAGCGCGAGGGCCCACGGGGCCGCUGGACAUCCUGCUACGUUGAGCUGACUCCCUGCGAGCUGCGGCUCUAUACUCUGGACAGCAGUGCCAAUCGCCAACUGGGCACUGCCUACUCUCUGUCGCACUGCCAGAGCGUCAUGGCCCCGGCACCCUGCAGCCAGUCCAGUCAGAUGAGCCAGGCUGGCGACAAGCGCACACUCCAGGCCUUGUUCUUCAACAGCACUCGUCUCCAACUGAGGGCGGCCAACCAGUGGGAAGCGAUGGAGUGGCGGCGGCUGAUGUGGGAGAAGGUUCAGGCAGCGAGGCCCGCGAGGCAGGACAACCGCAAGCAUAAGAACAGCGUGGAAAUUAAGCAGAGGUUUCCUGUACCAAUGUCACCUUCAUCUUCGCCCUCUCCCUCUGGGCUCGACACCCGACCCGACGGGGAUAGCGACACCCCAACGUCAUCUGAGGCGUCGCUUUCUGUGAACUCUGGAGUGUUGAGUCGGCCAACCACCCUCCCUCUGUUUAACCAGCGCUUCCAGGAUGUGCUGAAAGCGGGACUUCUCCACCUGCUGAUGGAUCAGAACAACUGGCGGGCCUUCACUUUCGUCUUGACGAGAUCUGCUCUUCAAGCUUUUCCGACUGAAGGCAGGGGGUCUGUGUCCCAAUCGGUCCUCCACUUCUCCCUAGCUUCCUGCUCGUCAGUACAACAGGAUCUUGCACCGGAGACCGGAGAGUCAUGGGCGGAUAAAGGGCAGUGUUUCCAGGCCACUUUCCCCAAAGAGCUCCUCAAGCUCAAGGCGGAUGAUCACCUGAAAGCCCAGGAAUGGGUGGAGGCGCUGCGGCAGGCAGUGGACGCGCAGAAGCUCACGCAAGAAGACAAGCGAGAAUCAGACGGACCUCCUGGUCUCCAAGGAGUGUUGUUGAGGUCCAAACCAUCAAGGGACAGGAAGCAGAGGGAGGCCCAGAGAGCCAAGCGGCAGUCCGUCACCACCAGUUUCCUCAGUAUUCUCACCUGUCUGGCUGUGGAGAAGGGGCUCACUGCCCAGAGCUUUAGGUGUGCAGGCUGCCAGCGUCCAGUCGGCCUGUCCAAAGGAAAGGCAAAAGUUUGCUACUACAGCGGCUGGUACUACUGCCAGAGCUGCCAUCAGGAUAACUCCUUCCUCAUCCCUGCGCGGCUGCUGCACAACUGGGACACCAGUAAACACAAGGUGUCCAAACAGGCCAAGGAGUUCCUGGAGUUUGUGUACGAGGAGCCGUUGCUGGACAUCCAGCAGCUCAACCCCUGCCUGUACGAACACUGCGAAGCGUUGAGCUCAGUGCUGCGCCUCCGUCAGCAGCUCCAGUCGCUCAGGGCCUACCUGUUCAGCUGCAGGGCGACCGUCGCCGAAGACCUGAGGCGACGGAUUUUUCCCAGGGAAUACCUUCUACAGCACAUUCACCUGUACUCUCUGGCUGACCUGCAGCAGGUGAUCGACGGGAAACUGGCCCCCUUCCUGUCCAAGGUGAUCAAAUUCGCCAGCUCCCACGUGUUCGGCUGCAGCCUGUGUCGAGAGAAGGGCUUCAUCUGCGAGCUGUGCCAGAACGGACAGGUCAUCUACCCCUUUCAGGAGAACGCCACGCGAAGGUGUGACGGCUGUGGCGCCGUUUUCCACGCGGAGUGUCGACAGAAAGCCCAGCCGUGUCCCCGCUGCGUCCGCAGAGAGCUCCACCACAAGCGGCCGUCGUCCUUCUGGUCGCCCGACGACGACAGCCCCGGCUGCUUUCACCUGCCGUACCAAGACACCUGAGGUCCGCCGCCGCGAGCGCAGAGGCCAGGAGCAAACGUGCCGGCAUGCAGCCGCCACACAGGACAAAGGGCCUGUGUGUGUUUUUUUUUUUUUGUUGUUUGUUUGUUUUUUUUAUUUUUAUUCCUGCAUCUGCAGGUUGGAGCUUGCUGCAGCUUUUUUGACCACAGGACGGAUGCAGCCGCGGAGCUUCCUGCGUCGUUCUGUACGGAAGGAGAAAAGAACCGAAUGCUGCAUAAGGCUCUACUGGCCCGAGUUCUCGUCACUCUCUAGUCACAUCUUCUACUCCCCAUCUUCACUUACCUCCUGCUCCGUGUUGAACACAACAAAUCGCAGCCGAUGACACUGGGAAGUGGAAGCGCAGAAACCUGGCUGCUUGUCGUAACCUCUUAGAGACGAAACUGUUAGUCAGCACACAGGACGACGAAGCAAAGCACAAAAUCUGCUGCUUUUCUUUUCCCGUCAUGAGGAGCCUGCUGAUGCUUUUUUGAUUAAUUUAUUUUUCAUCCUAGAUUAAAAAUAACACAGGAAAAUGGAUUAAUCUAUUGUGGAUUAAAAAGAGAAACAAAAUAUAUCUGCUCUUAAGGGCUAUAAGCCUUCCAAGAAUGUUGUUGCACUCUAAAUUACGCAGAGAAUUAGCCUUUAGAAAUCACAUUGUGGGGGAGUUGUGUCUGUCUUGAAGCAAUACCCCGGUGCGUUUAGGUAUCAUGAAGGUACCUGGCAGUAAUAUUCCUGAAAAAGUAUGAAAUAUGGUGUAGAAAAAAAAUCUUCUUUUUUUUUUUUUUUUUUUUACAUUGAUUUCUACUUGGCAAUAGUUUAUCUUUUGAUUUGCCACAUUGGAACUUGCGUUUCUGUCAAAUUUUGAAUUCAUUUUAUUUUAAAUAUCCCAUUUUCCUUUGUGAAUUAUUAACAGGAUCCCACAGAUAAACACAACUCAUUCAGAAAUGCAGAUUUUGUCCUUACGGCCACUAGGCUGCUCGAUCAAGGUUCAAAACUGGUCCUAUGGGACCUUUAACUGGGUACGGUUUAGAAACCACAAUAAUCAUUAAAACCUCUUUGUUUUUUUAAUUUCUACAAAUAAAGACAUUCAACUUUAACAAGUCUAAGUUGGUCAAGUUGCCAAAAAACGGAGCAAAAUUACCUUUAGCACACUGUGUUUUGUGCACAAAUGUCCAGAAUGUCAUUAAAGCUGCAGGAAAAAUAAGGAGAUGUUUGGCCAAGAACAGAAUUUAUCUAGAAAUCUUGUUUUCACAA